AGUAGUGCGUGUGGUUGGUCUCCAAUAUGGAUUGUCUAUGAUGAAGUUUGUACCUUAGCAAAGUUAUUUAAUGCUUGUAGGUUUUCUUAUGUUAACAGAGCUUGUAACACAGUAGCCCAUUCUAUAGCAAGAUGAGAUACGAGUGAGUAUUCAGAGAGAGUUUGUAUGAGUUCUUUUCCCCAAAGCAUAUUAACUUUGGCGGAACUUGAUAUUAAUUAAUGAAUUGCUCUGUUUUCCUUUAAAAAAAAUAAAAAAAAAUAAAAAAAUCGUAAUUUUUCAAUGUAUUUUACCUUUUUUUUUUUAAAAAAAAAGGGUGUAAAAGUGUAAUAGUGUGACCUAACUUAUUUGAGGUGUGUAUUGUGUGUGUGUGUUUGGUCCAAAAAAUUCAGCCCCCAAACCCUGAAACUCCUCAAUCCUCAUCUACUCAUCCAAACAAUCAAGCAGCCAAACUGGCAAAACCCUCCUUAAACCCCAAACUACCAUUUCCUAUUCUUCAUUUCCCCCAUACCCAGAAAACUCUGCAAAUUUAACCACAAAAAUGCUAAUAAAAUCCAAAGUUCAACGCUUUAUAAUUAUAUCUCACCACCCAAAUCCCUCCAAUUUUCAAUGUAUCAGAACUUUUCUUGAUAACAUUGAGAUAAAUUUUGUUCCAGAUCGUGGGUUAGACCAUGCUGUUGAGAAAGAAAAAGACCUUAAAUAUGUGGUUAAUCUCAAGAACUUGCUUAAAUCAGAGCCUUCUAAGUCUCUUCCUCUGUCCUCCAUUGUUGACCAUACAGAGAAGCUCAGUAUCCCAUGUCGAACAAUUGAUUUUAUUCGUAAGUACCCUAAUUUUUUUGAAGAAUAUUUUCCUGCUAAUAUUGGGGUCCACCCACAUGUUAGAUUAACCCCAGAAAGUUUGAAUCUUGAUGCUGAAGAACAGUUGAUGUAUGAUAGUGAUACAUUUAGGAAAGAUGCUGCUGAUAGGUUGUUGAAACUUUUGAUGUUGUGUAGAAUUAAUGAAUUUCCUUUGAAAUUGAUUGAUAGGUUUAAAUGGGAUUUAGGUCUUCCUGAUAAUUAUGUUGAUACAUUAGUUCCUGAGUUCCCUGAUUAUUUUAAAGUGAAAAGGGUUAAUCAGAAUCAGACCCGGCCUAAUAGGGUUGAGGGUUUGCUAGAAUUGGUGUGUUGGAGUGAUGAAUUGGCGGUUUCGGCUAUCGAAAAGAUGGCAAAGAAGGGGGAUCCUAAAUAUGAAAAAGGGAUGCCAAUUGCUUUCCCUUUGCAGUUUUCUAAUGGGCUUGAGAUGGAUAAGAGUCUGAAGAGGUGGUUGGAUGACUGGCAAAAGUUGCCUUACGUAUCACCUUAUGAGAAUGCAACUCAUCUUCAGCCUAAUACUGAUAUGUCUGAUAAGUGGGUGGUUGCGGUUUUGCACGAAUUGUUCCAUAUUCUUGUUACCAAGAAGACAGAGAGGGAUAACAUGCUUCGUCUUGGAGAGUUUUUAGGUAUAAAGCCAAGGCUUAAGCGUGCAUUGGCUCAUCAUCCUGGCAUAUUUUACCGUUCAAGUAAAAUUGGGACUCAUACUGUGGUUUUAAGGGACGGGUUUAAGAGAGGUUUGUUGAUUGACAAGCAUCCAUUGAUAGAUAUGAGAAAUAAAUAUAUACACCUGAUGCACAAGGUGAAGGAAGGGAAGAAGUCAAAGAGUGUGGCUAGUCCUAAUGCUGGUAAGCAACAAGCAGUGAAGGAAGGGGAAGAAGAGAAUGAGAAAGAGACUGAGGAGGAUAUGCAGUUAUUUGGUUCUGAUGUGGAUGAAAGCAGUUGUGAUGAGGAGGACAAAGAAAGGCAUGUGGAGGAGCAAGUUGAAAGCUCAAGGGAUAAGGUUAAUGAGGGCAGGAGAAAACCUGGAGAGGGUAGGGGGAAGCCUGGGAGAAAUGCUUUGGAGGAGGAAAGUGAUAGUGAUGAUGAUGAGAAGCAAAUUGAGAGCGCAGGGGAUGGGCGCAAUAAUGGAAGGCGAGGAUCUGGUAAGGUAAAUGAAGGCAAGGGAAAACCUGGAGAGGGUAGGGGGAGGCGUUGGAGAAAUGUUUCGUGGGAUGAAAGUGGUGAUGCUAGAGAGGAAAAUCAAGUUAGGAGCUCAAGGGGUGGGCGCAGUAAUGGAAGAAGAGGAUCUGGUAGGGCAAAUGAGGGCAGGAGAGAUUCUGAAGAAGGUAGGGGGAAGCCUUGGAAAAAAGCUUCCCACAAUGAAAGUGGUGGUGAUGAUGAGGAGGAGCAAGUUGAGAGCUCAAGGGGUGGGCACUAUAAUGGUAGAAGAGGAUCUGGCGUGGUAAAUGAGGGCAGGAGAAAACCCGGAGAGGGUGGGAAGAGGCCAUGGAAUAGUGCUUCACGGAAUGAAAGUGGUGGUGGUGGUGGUUAUGAGGAGUGAGCUGAGAGCUCAAGGGGUGGGCGCAGUAAUGGAAAAAGAGGAUUUGGUGAGGGGAGGCCAUGGAGUAAAGCUUCACGGGGUGAAAGUGGUAAUGGUGGUGGAUAUAAUGAGGAGCGAGUUGAGAGCUCAAGGGGUGGGCGCAGUAAUGUUAGAAGAGGGUCUAGUGGGGGGAGGCCAUGGAGUAAUGCCUCACGGGGUGAAAGUGGUAGUGGUGGCAGCUAUAAUAAGGAGCGAGGUGAGAGCUCAAGGGGUGGGCGUAGUAAUGGAAGAAGAGGAUCUGGUGGGGGGAGGCCUGGGAGAAAUUCUUCUCGUGAAAGGUUGGCCUAAAAUAACCCACCAGAACCUGCAAAAUAGGUCAUACUCCUUAGUCAUUAAGAAUGCGUUAAGCUGAUAGCAAGUCCAAUAUCAAGAUCAUCAAGAGAGCAGUCUUUCUGUCACUGUAUCACACAUAGCUUUGUAUAUGAUUCAGUGUCUAAUAUGGAAGGCUUGAAUAAUGCCAUUCCAUCUGACAGAACUCAAGUUGUGCUGCAUUAUCGCCGUGAUUACUGAUUAUGGGAAGAUGAGUCAAAUUUGUGCCAGGUUUCUAUCUCAACCUCUUGUUGCUAGUAUGCUCUGAAUAUCUGCAUCUUCAGCCCACCAUUAGAAUGUGCCAAUGUAUCAUAUAAAUGAAAUUGAUAUGACAUAUUGCUAAUCAUAUUGACCUCCACAAAUGAGUACUAGGCAUCUUGUAAUAAGAGGCUUUUAUAAGGUCCGGUGUCUGCAGUGAAUCUUUUCAAACUUAAUCUGAUGGGUGUUUAUGUGUUGGAUGUAGCUGCUUAGGUUACACAUCUAACAAUCUUUAUCUCCAAAAGAUUAUAUGCAGAAAGCACAACUUAGUAUAUGGGACUUGUUGCUGCAAUAAACAUUUGCAUACAAGAGAGGAUGGGGUUUGGUCUUAAUCAGUGAGUGACUUAUUUUGAGACAACUUAGGCAAGGUUGCAUCAGUAGAAGUUUAAUUUCUUCAGAAUGGCCCUUGUUGUCCUUAGCAGUGGUCUAUUGAACAUUUAUAAUUAGUCCUGUGGCUCAUAUUGGAUCUGUGCCAAAACUGAUAAACUUUGUAGACCUUCUGCAUCUGUAGUGUUUUCACGGAUAAGUAAUCCCCUGCCCCCCGAAAAAGAAUAUGCAUAUUGCAGAAUGUAUUGUAGAAUAGACCAUAGCUGAUGAUGAUGGCAUUGUUUAAUCAACCCUAUUGUGGGCUUGUAUGCGUAACUUGUGCAUUGACUUUUAGCCACAUGAAUCUGAAAUUUGGAUGUGACAAGCCUUAGAUGGUCUAUUCAGACGCUAUCUUGUAGUACAGGUACUUGUUGAAUUGAUUGGGUAGCACAAAUGGCGGAGAAUUCUUGCUGGUAAUCUAAAAUGAAAUAUCUAGGCUUCAUGAGAUAGUUGAAGUCGCUGUUAGUUUAUGUGAUAUGGUAUUGAUGUUAGGGUCUAUUUUUUUUUUUGUGUGUAAAUGAUUACUUGUUCAAGCCUCAGUUCUAGUACCAAGUUGUUAAUGCACUGUACCUUAGGAUGCUGGUUACCACAUAGAGAACGAUAAAGUCGAUAAUACAGUACGAUAAGGUAGAGAUAGUGGAUGCAGUUAGCGAAAGGGAAUUGACUGAAUCACUGAAAUAGAUAGCUCAAUGAUGUGCACUUCAUGCAUUAUUGCCUUCUUCAAUCAUAUUGAUAUUCAUAAUGUAAAUGGAUUGAAAAAACACGGUACGUGACAAUGGAAUAAUUGCUAGUAUAAUGUAAGGUUAGUUUCAGAAACAGUCUCUUUUGUUACAAUAAUUAAUGUUUAUUGUGGUGGAAAGUACUCUUUGAUUAAUCAGGAAUUGUGACAAGGUCUAUAGCUUUGUGCCUACGUGUGCGACUAAUAUUGUGGUUGAAUCAUUAAGCAUUUUUCGCCGAUGUACCCGUGACUGUGACUUUCACUAACAUUAUAUGCAGCUAAUGAGCUAAUGGCUUUGCCUUGUAUUCCGUACAGAUUAGAGAUUUGUUAUAUUGUCUGAGGUACUAAUUCUUCCGCCUUCCAUUUUUUAUUUAUUCAUUUCAUUUACUUUAUUGUUAUCUUUUCAAGUGUUGCUUAUUUUCAAACUCAAAAUAUGAUUCGUGGUUCCAAAGUUUUUAGUGACAUGAUGUAACACUGUUGGUGGAUAGCGGCUGACAUAUAUACAAAUCAGCUGCGCCUAGCAAUCUGUAUUUUGAUAUUCUAAUUAACUGAUAUCGACCCUCUCCCCUUAUCAACAUUAAUUGACAUAUUUACAUAUUGUACACUGACAUAUUGUCAUAGUCCUUGUCACCGCCUCCUAUAGCUAUGAUACCAGGACUUGGCUACUUGUUUCAUAAUUAGAUAUUUAUUAAAAACAAAUAACUUGAUGUUUUUGGUCCAAAAUGGAUCGUCAAAUGUUCAUACACAUGUUAGUGUCGAGGGUCCAACACCGGUUCUUGAGGUAGAUUAAGGAGUCCGAUUAACAUAUUUUUAUAAAUCCAUGUAAGAAGUUGUCAUUGUUUAGUGAUUAAAGAUCCUGAAACAAGGAUGACUCUUCAAUUAGUCCUGAAUGCUGUUGCUUGUUCGCUGUAGUUUUUAAUAUCAAUAUAUCAUUGACUCAUGUUAUGAUUGUUACCCUUCUCUUGUUUUUUUUCAGAUUCCUGAACAAAAAAAGUUGAAAAGUCUUGAAUUGUUCUUUUCACCAUACACCCACUGAACUACAGGAUUAUUGAAAAUUUUCGACGGUGGAGAAUGCAUACCUUUGGAACACACGAACAAGCCACCUUGCAGCAUCAAAGAAAGCAAAGUCAUACACCUAAGUAGUGAGCAUGGCAAAUAAGAUAUGGUGCAUAGAUUUGGUAUGAUAGAAUAUGUUUCUGUAUAUAUGCAUGAUGAUGCAAUCUCUUGCUGUCUAUUGUAGUAUGAUUGAUGCCACUACUUGCUAUGGUACAUAAAAGUAAAUGGUUUUGUGACAAGUUAAUGGGUGUUUUUCCUGUUCUUUUGCCAUCUGCAAAAGUUUUUACUCGUAAAAUAUAGCUGAUUUAUCCACAGAAUAUUUGGACUAGAUGCUCACACCCCCACCCACACA